AUGGAUCGGAGUGCAAUUCCGUUAAUUCUACAGACAUUAAAUUUAAAAGAAGAAGAUGUAACGAAUAUUUAUCAUCAUGGUUCUUGGAUAUAUGGUACGAAUUCACCAACAUCUGAUCGAGAUCUUUUAAUUGUAACUCGUUCAUUAAAUAAUAUUCCACUUAAAUUUUGGAGUGAUUUUGAUUAUUUUCAUGAUUUUCAAUGUCUGAAAUUAUGGGAUCAAUAUGAUAUUGGGAUAUAUACAACUGAAAAUUUUGAAAUAUUAUUAGAAAAAAAUUAUUUAAUUUGUGUACAAUGUAUUUUUUUACCUGAUGAAUUUAUAUUGAAAAAUGAAAUUGAUUUUAAAAGCAUUUAUUUAGAAAAAUACUGUAAUACAAUACGAAUUAAAUUAGGUGCUUUUUAUGAAAUGUAUAGAGAUUGGAAAUUAUAUAAACCUGAAAACAAUUCUUUGUCACGUCGAGAUUAUAUAUUUAAACAUUUAUUUCAUGGCCUUCGAUAUUUAGAUUUUGCUGAACAAUUAAUACAAACACAAUCAAUACAUAAUUAUAAACGUGUAACAUAUAUAUUUGAUCAGAUGAAAGCUAUACGCGAUGAACCACCUAUAAAUUCCAGUAUGGAACGUGUUGCUGAAUUUGUUAAUUUGAAAAGUAUUGAAUUUCGUUCAAAACUCGACGUACUUGUACCAACAAAUAUUAUUAAAGGUUCAUUUGAAGCAAUGAUUACAUUUAAUUGUAAUGAUAAUAAUAUUGAAAAUCUUGAAAAAUUAUGUAAUAAUACAAAAUAUAAAUUUAUAUUGAUUCAUUCUGGUAUUGAUCAAGAUAAGAAUAAAUCAGAACAAUUAAUAGUAUCAUCACAAUAUCAUGGUGAAUAUCCAUUAAUAAUUCGACAAAUUGAACAAGAAAUUUAUCAUGAUUUUAAAGAUUUUAAUAUAGUACGUCUUCAAAUCGAAUCAUUAGUAUCAAAUGAAGGUGUACCAGAAGGUUUUACUGAGAAAAAAUUAUUUUGGAAUCGAUCAAACUAUUUUGCAUUCUAUUAUCUUAUACCAUUGGAAAAAGAUGGUAAAGGAGAAAAUUUAAAAAAAAUCGUAAAUACAUAUCGAUCAAAACAUAGAUUCAAUUCAGAUAAUAUAGAUUUAUUACAUAAUGAAUUUAAACAAACUAUUGAUAACAAUCUUCAUUAUAUUAGUAUUAUGCGUUUAUUCAACGUCGGCCGAGAAAAAGCAUUGGUAAUAAAUGAUGAAAUCAUUGAGAAUUCAAAUAGAAAUAAUUUACCGUUAACUCUUAUGAAAUCUGCGUUUAUUGUUUAUGAGAAAAAUAUUGGUUUAAAUCAUAAAUGA